UGGAAGGUGUGGUAAAUGGUUUUUCACUCCAUCACCUCAUUAAUCAUUAGUCAUUUUCUUCACUUCAGAAACGAACUUUUAAAGAUUCUUUUUUCUCUCCCUAAAAAGAAAAAAAAGUGCUCGAAAAUGUUUUUUUUCUUUACCCAGAGUUUAAAAUAGGAAAAAAAAAAUUAUCACCCAAAAUUUUCUAAUUUUAAUCAUUCAUCAUCAAUAAUAAUAUUGAAUGAUAAAAAAAAAUUUGUAUUAUGAUAAAACAGUGAAUUCAGUUUUAAAAAGUGAAAAAUUCAAUUCUAGUGAAAUUAAUUAAUUUUUUUUGAAAAAUGGCAAAUUAUUUAUUCUUGUUCAUAACUGCUGUCAGUUUCGUUGCUGUAAAUGCGGUGGAUGAUUCAUUUAACAUCUUAAUUAUACCUUCAAUUCGUGAAUGUUACAAUAAAUCAUAUCUUUUAACACGAGAUAAUAGAUUACCACACAAUAUGAUUACGUUAAUCGAAAUUUUACGAAAAAUUGAAGAUUCACCAGGUUCAACAAUGAGAACAUUAACUGCUCUUUCACAGGCUCUUUUGCAUGGAUUUCGUCAGGAUGGCAUUAAACGUUUGGAAACGACAGUUACUUCAAAUAAUGUUAUUCCCUAUGCAGCAAAACACGAAAAAUUUAGUCGUUUUGUAAAAUUACUGAGAGUUAUUGCCGGUGAUGCAAUGACAUUUCCAAAUAACAGUAUUUCUAACAUAGAAAGAUGCACAUUGCAUUUUAUGCUGUCAGACAUUGUGGAACUAGAAAAAAGAGAUGAUGUGAAUUGUAAUAGAAAUUAUGACAACGCCUAUCGAUUUCCAAGAAGUAUUGAUAAGAAAUCCCAGAAUAUUAAAGAAGGUGAAAAUGAUGAUGUUGAAAUGCUCUCACCUCAGGAAAUCCAAAGUAUGACGAAUACUAAACAGGAUGAGGAUACUGGCGUUGAUCCCAAUUCUUUUUAUCCGGAAUAUCCCCCAAAUCAUCCUGCGGUUGCACAAUAUAUAACAGAAAAACAUUUUAGUUCCUGUCCAGUUUACAAUGGAGUUAUAAAAACUAGAUGGGGUGAUGUUUCUGCUGGACCGCUCAUUGCAGCAAUAGCCGCUGGAAUGCAGCCACAAUUAAUUAGUAUCAGUCAACUAAUGACUGACACAAAUUUUGGACCAGAAUAUUUCGAAGGAACUCCAAAAAUUAAUAACAAGUGGUUUGCCACUUUAUCAGGUGAUUUAGCAGCAGCAUUUUGGCUUCAAGCACCAAAAAUGUUUAAUCAACAACCUUUUGUAUUUGGAACAAAUGGCAAAUGGAAUUCAUCUGAAUUACCUCGAUGGUUUUUCUUAGAUUCUAAUGAAAAUAUUGAAUUAACAAGACCAUUGUUAAGAGGAGACAUAGAUGGUCUGAUAAUGGCACUUGAAUUCAAUAUAUGGAGUACAGAGGACAAACAGAGAAUUCGUCUUUCUCAAGUAUUAGAUAUGUAUUACAGUUCUCGAGGUUCACUUAAUCCACCAGUGAGAGCUUGUAAUCGAAAAGAAAUGUUCGCAAAAUUAAUGCCAAAUACCGAAACAUUAGAAGAGCAGACCUACAGCGCAAUGAAGAUAAUGAAAGACUUGCCUUCGUUAACAAUGGAUGAUAAUACGCUUCGAAACUUUAGUAAAAUGGCUGUCCGUCAAGUUGUAAAUGACCUUGCAACAAUAUUAAAAGACGAUCUUUCUUGUGCUGAUACGGAUCGUCAAAAUGAUUUUAGCAGAACAUACGUUGAUUUGACUAUUGUUCUCGAUACUAAUUGGCCAUUUAAAUAUAUUCAACCCAUUCUUUCAAAACUCCUAGAAGGUAUUGAAGUAAUGAAAUACAAUAGUAAUUUUACUCUAAUAAGUGGCAAAAGUGGAAAUAUUAUGAUUAACUCAAGCAACACAAUUUUGGAUUUAUACAAUUUUAAUGCAUCGAAUUAUGAAAAAUUCGAAAAAGGAUUUGAUAUGUGUCGAUCGAUUGAAAUAGUUGAACGUAUGCUCAAAGAAAAAUUGGACAGAGAACAAUAUCAAAGAAUUGGUGGAGGCAAUAUGGAUGCUAUUUUAUUUGUUCCAUAUGUAAGUUCAUCGGAAGAUGAUCGUAUAAAAGAAUGUGUCAAUGGAAUAAUGCAAAAUAUGCAUUUAGAAAUUCCCGAUGCUUCAGUUCUCUUUUUAACGGCAGGAAGAAAAGAAAUGGGAACAUAUUAUGCGAAACAUGAAGAUGUAUUUGUAAUUUCAUCAUCACCUUCAAGUUCCAAUUUAUAUCCAAUUGAUUCUUUGAUUUCAAGACUUAGAGAAUUUCCGAGACGUCUCGUCAAUUCAAAAUGUGGAUCACGUUAUAACUCUCAAGGACAAUUGGAAAGAUUUGUCGACUCUGUAGAACCUCGUGGAACCAAAUUUUACAGAAUUCAUCCCAAUUAUUUUUACACUUCAGACACAACUCCUAAAGUGAUUAUUGAAGGAUUGUCCUAUGGUCAAUUGACAAUUUGUGAAUCUCGACAGCCAUUGUACUCAAAUAGUACAAAAAUUGAUGAAUCCAAAUGUCCAACUAUAAACAGUAAUAGUAGACAUGUAAUUGAACUUACAUGUGGUGAUGCAGGUUUUAUUCAUCAUUGUCAGCCGUAUUACAUUUCUGUGAGAUCCAAUAAUUCAGCAUCAACCUCGUAUCAUUGCGAAAACUGUCGAUUUCCAGAUGAAGUAAAAUAUACGAUAUCUUAUGAAAACUUGAUCUGUACAAGUGUGGCAAAUUCUCUUACAACACUGCCAAUUAUAAUUAUUUUAACAAUUGUAUCAUUAUUCAAAUUCAUAUAAAUUUAAACAAUACUAUACAUAUUA